GGGGGCGCAUCCCGUCUGGUGCACGGCCCCCGGAGGGGACACAUGGGCCUGGCAGCGCCCACUACAGACCCAUGGCACAUGUGGCCAGUGCAGGGUGGCAUCAGAAUCACAACUGGGAUUUGGGGACCAUCCCAAAAUGCUAGAGGGACUGGAAGAAAUUAUGUUUUCUUCUUGUCCCAGCAGUGCCCAGGUUUGUGAUUUCACUUUGUUUUGGUCAGGAGCGCUCUCCUCAGCAUGUCUCCAUCCCUUAUUGCUUCCUUUGCCAUGGAAGCAACUGGGACAUGCUGGAGCAAAGCCGAAGUCAUAGAGGGGAUGGAGGAACUCUUGAAUGCAGAAUGCCACUAAACACCAAGGGAACAGUCCCAUCCUGAGAGACAGGAUAUGCAGCAGAUGGGACAAGGAAACUACAACCCCUUUUGGAACCACUUCUAAAGCCCUCCAAAGCCAGGGUAUCCUAGCUUUGGACACUGGGGCAUCCCUGCACCACAGAGGGGAGGUGAGAAAGGAGGCAAAGAUGUGGCUGCAAACGGGAGUUGCUGCAGCACCUCCUGGGAAACAUCACUCCCCUGAGACCAUACUUGCUGCUUCUCUGGGACCACGCACAGCAGGGAUGCAGUGCCUUUCUGCGUGUCAGGGCAGUGGAUGCCAAGCUGUGGUGCUGGGGUGAAUCACCACAGUGAGCCCAGCGUGGUGCUCUGUACCCUGCUGUGUCCCCACAGGACCUGCCUGAGCAUCCUGCCCCUUGCAGUCCCACUCAUCCAGGCUGCUCAGGAGAUGUGUGUCCCAGCUUGGCGCAGGCAGCAGCCUGGGGAGCCAGCGCGGGGCCAAGGGGUGGCUGCACCCAAGGACCCUGUGCUAAUGGAUUUGGAGUUUCCAAGGUCAGGCUCCCACUGUGAGCAAGAAAAACAUUCCCAGGGAAGGGCCAUGGGAAAGGGCCCCCCCUUGCAGCACUCCCAGCCCAGCUGCUGCCUCACAGCCCAGCCUGGCAUCCCAGGCUGUUCACACGAGGACAUGGCUGCAUGGCCCCUGAGGAGAUGUGCUGUACAAAGGCUGGGUUGCCCAAGCUGCCCAAUCUCUUGGAAGAGGUGUUCGGUGUGGUGAGGAUGAGGAGAGGGGUAGGAGUGGGUCAUGAAGGGAGUGCAGGAGCUGUUGUGAGGUUCUGGGGGGCGAGGGAGGGGGUGGCAGGCUUGGCCAGGGCAGGGAGGCAUGUGCCAACUCUGAGCCAGCCAGCUUUAUACCCACCCUGUGUGGGCACUGACCCCAGCCUCUGUACUUGCAGUUAGCAUGGACCAGCGACAGGGGCCACCAGAGCGAAGGCCUGCAGGACCUGCCACGCACCUGCAGCCCAAGGAGGGGACACUGUGGGGGUUCUUUGCCAUCCUGUCGCUGCUGGCUGGGCUGGCCACAGGCACCCUGCGAACGCCCCACUGCAACGAGACGCUGGACGCAGCCCCCACGCCCCGGGGCACGGCCACUGCCAGCCUGUCUGGGGAGGAUGCUGUGGAGGCGCCCCUUGCUGCUGCUGCUGCCUGGAACCAGCUGUACGGGGACAACGCGACAACAGGUAGCCCGGGCACCGCAGAGCUGGCGGAGGACCUGCUGCUGCGUGCCGAGCCUGACGCUGGGCAGCCUGCUGCGGCAGCAGCUCAUAGCCCCGGGGCCGCAGGAGCGCGUCCUCAGCCACCCCUGCUGCCGACCCACCCGCUAUGAGGCUGUCUCCUUCAUGGAUGUGGAGAACACGUGGCAGACGGUGGAGAAGCUCUCAGCAGCCGAGUGCAGCUGUAUUGGCUGAGGAGGGGGCCGCUGGCUUGGCCCCAGCUCGACACAUGCCGACAGACUCCAGCUUGCCACAUGCGGUGGCACUGUGGCUCAGAACAAGGGUUUGGCAGAGGCUGGUGCCCCUGCUGUUACGUGGCCACAAAGAACCGAGGUGAGACGGAGUCGUGACUGGAGUGUGGGUGGCCAAGCCCGCUCCUGCUCAGUGCCAAGCAGCUGGUGCCAGCGGCUGCACGGAGUCCUAGCUCAGCCCUGAGAGAAGAGCUGAAGAGAGUAUGGACCAUCCCCACCACUGCCAAGGGUCUGCCAGCCCAGUGUCCAUCAGCAGCACCCCUGCACCUUUGCUCCAGGGGCCAAGCAUCACCCAGGCUUCAGAGGGGGCAAACCCUCCCUGUCCCCUCGGGCACCCUGGGGUCAGUGGUGCAGGGAAGGGGUGUCCCUGAGGGCAGGGAUGCAGUGGGGCCAAUUUGCACCAGAGUGGAGUGGGAGCUCUGCACCCGGACCAGCAGCAGACCCUUGUAUUCUGCAGGGUGUUCGUUCCUAGACACCCACUGGGACCCCCACCCCUGCCUGGUUCCCAGGGUGGUGGCAGGUCCCCGCGCUGUUCCGCGGUGCUGUGGCACUAAACUAUUUAUUACUCUAAAUUAUUUAUUUAUUGUUCUCGAGCGGCAGCUCCUAUUUAUGACUUUGGGCCCCCAGCGGCCGGGUGUAAUUUAACCCCAGCGCUGCACUGAAGCCCUGGGCAGCGCCCCGUGCACCCCCGCAUCCUUUUUCUAUUAUUUGUAAAAUUUGAGGGAUAAACUCUAUUUUUGUACAGUCGCCUUUUCCUGUAGCAAUAAAGUGA